AUGCGCGUACUCUUGCUUGCGGUUUCUAUAGCAAUAGCAUGUGUGGCGGCCAUGCCAAAUGUGCUUAAGUUCGAGAUGAAAGAGCUGGACAAAGUUGGGAAUCUUAUACGCACAAAAGAAGACUUGAUAGACUUUAUCACGGAACGUAAUAAAGCAAGAAGUCAGCAGGUCAAGUUGAAGACAUUCUCUUUCUCAGACUGUGGAGGACCUAACGCAUUGAUAAACUUGAAUCAAAUUGAAGUCACACCAGACCCUCUGGACUUCCCUGGACCUCUCAAUGUCGUGGCGAACUUUAAAAUCAACAGUGAUGUAGGGUCACCAAUGGUGGGUGAUGUAUUAAUUGAAAAGAAAGUAUUUGGGAAGUUUGUGAAGGUUCCAUGUAUUGACAACUUUGGUUCCUGUCAUUAUCCUGACUUUUGCGAACUUCUAGAACAGGUUCAGUGCCCGGACCCCAUUAAGAGAAUUGGAAUCGAUUGUACAUGUCCAUUAAAGGCGAAUUCUUACAUGCUACCGAAGACGGAAUUUGAUAUCGUUGCAAGCGUUAUUCCCACUGGAGAUUAUCACGUCAGGGCAAACGUAACGUACACGGGAAAAGAAGCGGCAUGUCUUGACCUGAUGCUUUCAUUCGAAUAGAUGUAAUGAACUUAAUCCGGAAUAAAACACAUUUGUUGUUUUUUCAACUACUUCCUAAGUACAAAUAAACUUUUACAGUUACAGCUUCGAAAAUAGGAGUAUCAGCUUGACUAAUCUCUUGUGACCGGUAGUACACUGAUAUCUAUAACUGUAAAAGUUUGUUCGUACCUACGGAUUAGCUGGGAAAAUCCCAUAUUUUCCAAGUUCCAGAUCACAUCUGUUCGUCUAAACUCUUCUUAUAUAGCAAGACGUUUAUCAGAGUUUGUUUAUACUGUAUUAGUUAAAAAUAAUUAUGUACUAGAAUCGAAAUAUACACUUUUUAUCAUGUAUUUAUGUUGUGUGUAAUAAUAUUGUGUUAUUAAAUCUUUUGCAUUACUAGAAAUGAUUGUUUUAUG